AUGUUUGUUUGCAAAGCAUGCGCAAGGCGGGCAUCAACUUCAGUUCUACGUCAACUUCCAAAUGCCGACGUUCGCCUGGCAGCCCUCCCGAGGCAGUUCGUGACGAGCUCGUUCCUGCGAAAGGGACAGGACCAGGAAGAUGGCUUCGCCCAAUUCGAAGCCUCAGUGGAGAGGCAGAAGACCCCCGAAGAUAGGGAAGUCGAUAAGAAGAAGGCGCUCGAGAGGUCAAGAAGAGCGAUGAAGAAAGAGCUUCAGUACACCACAGACCCUUACCACAUAGCCGAAAACGUGGUGAAGAAGCUGAAGGAGAACGAUUUCGACAAGGCGCUGCUGUUGACCCGGGAGGCGAGCAAGGACAAACAAUGUGUGGUCAGCUGGAACCAUUGUAUAGAGUACCAGUUUAAGAAUAACAAGCUGCACGCUGCUAUCAAGCUCUUCAAUGAAAUGAAAAAGCGAGCCCAACUUCCAAACGCGCAAACAUACACCAUUAUUUUCAAAGGCUGCGCCGAGUCCGAGCAUCCAAAGCUUGCUGUCGGCGAGGCGCUCAAGAUUUACAACACCAUGCUGUCGAGCAGCCGACUGAAGCCCAACGUCACACAUCUCAACGCGGUCCUGGAUGUCUGUUCACGAGCCCAGGACCUCGAGUCCAUGUUCGUCACACUGCGUUCGGCUGACAAGGCCCGCGCCCCCAACAACUGGACAUACACCAUCAUACUCAAUGCUCUUCGCCAUCAGCCUUCCAAUCACAAAGACUCUAUGGAUGGAACCGGUACGGACGGGGAGGCUGUGAAAAAGAGCAUAGAAACGACCAUACAACGAGCAAAAUUGGUCUGGGAUGAGGUCAUGAGCCGAUGGAAGAAGAAUGAGAUCAUCAUUGACGAGCAGCUAAUGUGCGCGAUGGGUCGGCUGUUACUUCUGGGGGGCGCAAAGGAGACUGAGUCUAUUCUCGCCUUGCUUUCGAAUGUUCUGGGUGCACCAAGGCUCGAUCAAGAGCUAUCCUCCUCUCGAGAAGAAAACCCCGGCAGUGAUCAAAACGACGAAUCAAAAUCCCAGCCGGCCUCCAAAACGCUGCAAAAGCAAGAGAUGCAAUUGCAAGGCCCUCCAAAGCCAAUGGCUGGCAAGAACACGCUAUCGCUCGUAAUGACGGCGCUGGGGUUAGGCAGGAGGACCAAAUUAGCAGUCAAAUACUGGGACUACUUGACGGGCACAUUUGGAAUCGUUCCGGACAGGUGGAACUACAAGCACUACCUUGACUCCCUAUCCACCGGGGCCGCAAGCGGGAAAGCAGCACGGAUCAUCCAGGAUAUGCCAGCAGAGAUGGUUGACGGCCUCGUCGUCAGGCGUGGCUUGCUCAUGUGCCACUUUGACGGCUACAACGAGAAUGCCUUCGAGAACGCAACCACCAUCUUCGAUGCCAUGAUGCAGAAGAUGAAAACGCCUGACGCUGAGUGCAUGACGCUCUAUCUGCAGGUAGCAACGAGCAACUAUCGGAAGUUCGACAACAGAACCAAGUACCCGAUUGAAUCUAAGGCCAAGCUUGCCUAUGGCCGACAAAUUCUCGACGCCAUUGACCGCGUGUGGGAGCCACUGAGGUUGGCGACGAACGCCUUGGCCUUCUCAGAUACCGCUCUAGCCUCCAAGUCGCCGGAGGAGAGCUGGAAGCGAGACUAUCGCGGACGGAAGUCGGUUCUUGAUGUUGCCAAGAAGGUCGUUGCCGUCAGCGAUAAGAUGAUUUCUCAGAGCUUGGUGCAGCGCGGGUCGGAUGACGCCAGAGUCAUCCUGAUCCGACGGAAGAUUAUGAACGAGUAUGUCCACCGAACUCUCGGAAAGAACACCCAGCUGGGGCUAGGUAAGAAAGGCCGUAGAGAUGAGACGGAACAGCUGGGGUUGGAAGCUUAG